GGUUUGUGGUCGGAUAUCUCCGUUUGCAGAGGCCAAACUAAAAUAAUGUGGUUAUAGCAUCUGUUAUGUACUCAUUUCUUAUCAAUUUUACAUCUUAUUCAAAUUAACGGAAACAUAAUAAUUGGAGUUUAAAAAUGAUUCGAGCUGUUCUGAUAGACUUGAGUGGAACAUUGCACAUCGAAAAUCAGGCAAUACAUGGAAGUGUGGAAGCCCUGAAAAAAUUAUUCCAGAAGAAUAUCCAGGUCAGAUUUGUUACCAAUACCACAAAAGAAAGCAAGAAGAUUUUAUAUGACAGAUUAAUGAAUUUGGGUUUCGAGUUGAAAAAAGAUGAUAUAUUCAGUUCACUGGGAGCCGCACGAUCACUGAUUUUAGAACGUAAACUAAAACCCAUGCUAAUGCUCUCCCCUGAAGCUUUGGAAGAUUUUGAAGGACUAGCUUGUCCUAAAAAUGAAUCUCCCAAUGCUGUUGUUAUUGGCCUUUGUCCUACGGAGUUUCAUUAUGAACGGCUCAACGAAGCAUUCAGAUAUCUGCAAGCAGGUGCCAAGUUGAUUGCCAUUCAUGCUGGCAAAUAUUGCGCGAGAGCUGAUGGGUUAGCUCUAGGACCAGGUUGCUUUGUCAAAGGCCUAGAAUACUCUGCGCAGUGCACUGCCGAAAUAGUUGGUAAACCAAAUAAAGUAUUUUUCACGACUGCGCUUGGAGACAUUCCACCAGAAGAAGCUGUCAUAAUUGGAGAUGAUGUGACUGAUGACAUUCAAGGCGCCAUGAGUGCGGGACUACAAGGUUAUUUAGUACAAACUGGAAAAUACAAACCUGGAGACGAGAAAAAAAUUACUCCCCCUCCAACGGCAGUAUUCAAAAGUUUUGUUGAAGCAGUAGAAAAUAUCUUGACUCAAUGUGAAUAAGCAAACUUUUUCCUUGAGAAUGUUUAUUCAGUAAAAUUAACAGCAUAUGUAAAUAGUAUUUGGAAAAAUAAAGUUAUUUAUUACAUUUUAACAAUACAUAACAUCGAUUACAUCAAUAAAUAUUUAAUAAAUAUUGUAAAUACA